GGUCCGCCAACGAACAUCUCCAGCUCAACAAGUCCAUUCACCUGGACUGUAGUAUGUUCUGGUACAACUGAUUCAUCUAGUUGAAACAUUUUUCACUAGUUAUAAGUCAACGUCCCUACUGCGGAUUAAACACUUGAAAAAAACGAAAAAACAAAAGAAACAAACAACUUUGAAUUCCGGUUGUUUCAUCUUAUUUAUUUCGAGACGCGAUGCGUGCCCCGGCAAUCGUCUGUCUCCUCUUCUUGUUGACGAGCUCGGCUUUUGGACUGAGGGUGAGCCACCAGAACAGCAAGAAUCAACAUGACGAGAAACUGUCCAUCGGAGCAUCUUGUCUGGUCAGCUGGGAGUGUUUCAGCAUGUGCUGCACACCCUUGCCGUCCAACCAAGUGAUGCAAGCCAGACAGGUUGCGUCUUGUACGAUUCGUGAUGAUAGCGUUCGCGGCGAAGCUCUCUGCAUCCAAAGUCCCGAUGAUUGGGAUGAAUCGGUUGGGCUGAUUGAACGCAUUGGCUUAGCCAGCCGACUGCAGCAGCUGAAAGCGCUCUCGAAGAUCAAGAAGAGGAUCAUCGUCAACAGCAACAGGCUGAGGAAUAAUGGCAGCAUUCCACCUGUAAAGCAGUCCAGUGACGGUCGGCCGUUGCCCGGUGAGCUGGAAUAUCCCGGUCGACGACCUAUUUUCAAUCAACCGAUCCAUGACCCAACGGCAGCUGCACUCCAGACUUGGCAACCGAGCGAUGAUGUACCGUCUUACAGCAAAGUGUCUUACCUGAGUCUUCAGGAGUCAUUGCCGAUUAUUAAGAAGAAAUUCCAGGCAUCUUUGAACGCGAGUUUGACCCGUGAUGCUACGACCGUUGCGCCGGAUGUCGAUGCGGAAUUAACGAACACUGAAAUCGACACUGCUGCCUUAAUGGAAGAACUUCUGAGCCUGUCCAACGAAGACAAUACGCCGUUUGUCAAAUCACCAUUUGUUCCUCCUGAUUCACUAACUACAUUACAGUCGGAAUCGAACACGGAAGGCUCCGGACAGACUUCCGAUUCGCUGAUUACCGGUUCGCCGUUUGAUGGAUCAUUUCCAUUCGUCAUCUCAUUUUUGGAUGGCGGAGUCACCAGCUUCGAUGAAGAAGGAUCUGAAACGGUAGGAACGACAACUGAAAUCUCAUCGACGAGCACUCCUAAAAUCGAUAGAACGACCAGUUCUCCACCGGUUAGCACCGACCAGGUGACGACGGUGGAUGCAUCUAGCAUCUCGACGGAAGCGACGAGCCCUGCAUCAACAAUUCAAGAUGUUUUCUCGUCCCCGACCGACGAAACUAACCCGGUAGACGCGUCGCCUUCACCCGCUCUCUCUACCAUUCAUAACCUUGUCGAUACUACAACCUCUUCACUCACUGUCUCUACAUCCGCACCGUUUGAUAAUCAGACCACUAUACGAGACGAGACGACUACUAUUAUAGGACUCGAUGGCAAUUCGUCGAAUGACGAACUGCUUAUCAGUUCCACUCUUUCCGACGGCUUGCUUCAAGCCACGACUCAAUCACCAGACGAAUCGACUACUACCUUCUCUGACUUAACAUUUUCGACUGGAACGACCAGCUCACCUGUACAAUUGUCAACUGUAGACACUAGUCAAAAUACUGUACAGUUGACGACUCCGCAACAAUCACUGGCAUCGACGUCAGUUGUUGUGGAUGAUAGUCAGAGCACCUUGAAUGCCAUACUCUCCACGACGAGGCCAACCGACCAAACGCUUUCUAGUCAAACUGAAACGGUUGCACUUGCCGGGGAGUCGUUAGUGUUCCAGUCGAGUACGUUUAACAGUGAGGUAAACGAUGCAGUGACGGAGGCAUCUUUCAGCACUGUCAAUUCGAUUGAGGAUGUCGCAACAAUUACGUCUAAUCAAGAAGACGAGUCUGGUUUUACUAGUGUCGAUUCUGUUUCGAACGUUUUCGCUACAUCAACAGCUUCGGUCAGUACAGUAAACGGACUUGUGCAAGAAGAUUUUGAGACGCAACCUCAGUCGUCCAUGAGCACAACCAAUGAAAUUGAGACUACCUUUACGAGUUCCACUCCGUCCAGUACUCAAACUACGAUUAGUGGGUCAACUGAUCCAGAACAGAUUUCGACGGAACAAGAAACAACGCCAACACAAAGUCAAUCAAGCACUUUUGCUCAUGGAACGACAAAUGAAGGUGACAAGACGACUAUCAUGCCUUUAGAGGAAACUACUCAGUUUCAACAAGGUUCAUCAGAAACGAAUCCCGUGGCUUUGGAUAUGACAACCGAGAAACCCACAAAUCCAACAGAUUUGGCAGAAACUGGUUCUACCUUAACGACUGAUGGCAAUAGCCAGACUCAGACGGGGUUUGCUUCCGAGACUCCCUUUACGUCUAGCCCAGUAACGACGACGAUGUCGGUCGAUGUAACAAGCACCCAGGAAGAUAUCUUCACAACAGUGUCUGUGGAUUUAGAAACCACGUCAAGUACUUCAACAACAACUGAAGACUCUUCCACAACCCCUGUGACUACUCCAGAGAGCAUAAUGUCGACGACAACGAAAGAGCAGAUCACAGAGUCCGUCACCCAGUCGGAAGCUGUUGGCACUUCCACUUCUACUGCAGACGAAGAAAAGACGACCACCUUUUCUAGCAUCUUUUCGUCAAUUCUGAGUACAUUUACUACCGAUUGGACAACGACAACACCUGACCAGGUAACUGAGGCAACAGUUGUGACCGCAGAAGAGACUUCAACUACGACGCAAGCUCAAAACGGGGAAUCUGAUGGCACGACAUUGAACACGGCCACUUUCAGUAGUGCACAGCAAGAAUUUUCUACGAUUACAAGUGAUUCAAUCACCGAAACAAGUGUCGGUAUCGAUACUACGACUUUGAGUGGCCUUAGUUCUUCUGCUAUUACAACAACUACUCUGGAUGCUGUCAGUAUUGUAGACGAGGAAACAACAACAUUGGCUGAGGAAGAUUUAAAUACUAUAACAGCAUCCCAGUCUUUCAGUAGCACGCCAAUUGCCAUUGAAUCUGUUACUUCAGGAAGCCCUACCAUCGACGGCGAAUCGACGACCUUUUCCAGCGCAAGUACUCCUACCACAAUUAGUGGGUCAUCUACUCAGGCGCCAACUGAAACAGUUACGCAUUUGUCGAGUGAUCAAGAAUCCACAUCGCUUGGAAUUCAGUCUAGCCCUUUCCAAGAAGAAAUAACGACUGUGUUUACAGAAGUUACGCUAGCAGACGAAAUUACGACCAAUAAGCCGACUCAGCCAGGGUUGCCAGAAAUAACAACUGAGAAACUUAUCCCAGAAGUGACUUUUACAACAAUAACAACAAAUGAUCUUCCAAUAACUGAAGGAAGCAUUAUUUUAAAUCAGAACACGACAGAAUCAUCGUUGCUCGUCACAAAUCCAACUUCCUUGCCAGAAACAACAAAUUCACAGCCUGGAAAUUUGGCAACUUCGCUUGAAACGGAAAUGACGACUCUCCCCCUAUCAACGACAGAUAGUUUUUCGACUAGUGCCAUCAGUGAUGGCGCCGCAACCGAGAGUUCCACAACUGUAACGACUACCGAGAAACAGGUUGUCACCACAGAUUUUGUCACACAUUCGGGAACUGUUACCACUGACCUACCUACUUCAUUAGCAGGAGUGGGUCAAGAUUCAGGACAAUCUGUAGCUUCUGGUUCAGAUGAAACAACCACGCUAUCGAGCACAUUGUCGAGUAUUCAGAACACGUUGUCCUUUGACACCGAAUCGACCUUGUCACCCACUCAAACAGGGGAAAUUGAAGUCACAACUUUGAGUGGUGUAACUUUAACCGUUACAGAGCCAGAAUCCUUCACAACUAAUGGUCUUUCAGUUUCAGUAACGAACGUUGAUACUGGUACCACGACUUCUACUGGUUUUUCUGUUACAGCAACACCAUUAGUGACUGCAGAUUCUGUUAGCACGAUAGUCGAAGAAGAAAUAAAUACGCCUGUGUCUGAAAAUUUCCUUCCGGUGACAGAUUCUCAGUUUCCUACCACUAUAAUCGUUGAAAAUGAAUCUAUUAUUUCUGGAAGCUCGACCACCGAUUCAACGAUUACGUUCAGUCCAACAAUAUCUACUGUUUCGGCUACAACUUUUGGCCAGGAAACAACUCAAGGAGAUACAAGCGUGUCGACUGAGCAGAAUCCUACACCAACAAACUCUCAGUCUACUGCAUUCCCUGAAGAGAUUACGAGUGAAAAUGAGAGAACAACUACUUCAUUGCCAGUCACUUCUACUUCAGCUAGCGAAACUACGCAGUUUCAGCAACAACCAUCUUCGACGCCAGAGCUGGAAUUCGAGUCAACAACCGAAAACGUUCAAAGCUCCACAUUGCGUCCAAUUACGAUUAGCACAACACCAAUGGAUCAGAGUGUCGUGACCUCUCAAGAGAGUUUUAUUUCCGAAGAUGAUGGGACAUCAACAUCUCAGCCUUUUUCAAAUUUGAUGUCUACGCCGCCUUCACCCGAUGUAACAACUCAGGAAAACCCUGUUACUGGUACCUCGAAUUCUGAAAGCUUAAUUAGUACAUUACAGGCUUCUGAUAGCUCUACAACAAGUAGACCGACCACUACUGAUGAAACCAUUUCUGAAGGUUCCACUACCAGCACAACAACAUUUGAGGAGCAUAUGGCAAUCACAGAAGGAACUACGCAGGCAGAAAUUAUAAGUAGUGAUGCACCUACUUCAGUGCCAGAGGGAGACCAAAGUUCAGGACAAUCUGAAGUGUCUGAACAAAGUGAAACCAGCACUUUGUCAAGCAUUCUGUCGUCCAUACAAAGUACAUUAUCUCUCACUACCGAUUGGAUGUCGCCAACAAGUCAAGAGACUUCUGAAACCGUGUCGGACAACACGAGUGAAGUUUCUACAACAAUUUCUGCUCAAAGUGAAGAUUUUCAGGUCACAACCCUAAGUAGUACGACUGUAAGUGUCAUGGAGCCGCAUUUUCCAACUACUAUUGAGCCAAUUUCCGAAACAACCGCUGAUAGUGGUACAACGGCUUCUGAUUCCUUUACUACACAGACAAGUCGAGCAACCACUACUGGAGGUCAAGAAACAACUACCUUUGCACAGGAAAAUGCAACAGAAUCUCAAUCUUUAGCUGCAACAGUAACUUCCGGCGAAAUUGCAACAGAACCCCAGUCUUCUCCUGAAACAGUAACUUUCAGCGAAACUGCAACAGAGGUCAGCACCGCCGGCGAAUCGACGACUUCCUUUAGUUCCACGCCAUUCACUAGUCCGUCAACGAUUAGUGAGUUACCUAGUCAGGAAACUACUUUAGGAAUUGUGACGUUGUCGAGUGAGCAAGAACCUACAACGACAGAAAGUUCGUUAAGCCCUGUUACGCAAGUUGUGACGAAUGAAAUUGAAACGACUGUUUUCUCAUCCACCUCGUCUGUUUUAGAACAAGAAACGACACCAUUUGAACAGCAGCUUUCAACGAUAUUACCGGCAUCUGAAACAACAACAGAGAAGCUCAGAGACCCAACAGAGGCACCACAAACAUUUUCUACAACAAUGGAAGAUGAUACGAAGACGACCACUGAAGAGGGUUUUAUUUCCGAACAAACCACAACGACGUUGAAAUCUGUGAUAACCACCGAAUUCACCACGUUUUCUCCUGAAUUUACAAGUGUGCAUCAGGACAAUAUAUCGACUGAUUCUUUAGAUUUGGAAGGCACUCCGACUUCGCAGGCUACUGAUGCUUCUACGUCAAGCUUACAGUCAACAAGCGAUGCAACCGUUUCCGACAGUACAACUGGUGUGGAAACAACAACUCUUAAGACAGUAAUCGAAGAAAACGUCACGGCAACCGAGUCCGAUGUUACGGCAGCAACCUCAACUUCGGACACGGAAGCUGGUCAGAUUACAGAAGCAACAGAAAUGUCUGAACAGAGCGGCACAACCACUUUAUCGAGCAUCUUGUCAUCGAUUCAAAGCACAUUGUCAUUCACCACCUGGCCUUCAACAACGGUGGGAGAGAUUACGCAAACACCCCUUAACAAUACCGAAGAUGCCUCAACUAUAAUUGAACAGGAGGCUGAUGAAGUUGAGACUACAACUUUGGCUAAUGUCACUCAAAGUACUACGGAGCCUGAUAAUCCAAGUACCACCAGUUCACUUUCUGAAAACACUGAUGUCGGGACAACAGCUUCUGGUGACUUAGCAGGAACAACAAGUCCAACACAUGGUUCCAGUACUUUGGACGGUCAAGAAACAACCCCUUCGACCCAGGAAGAUUUAAAUCAUUUAACAACGUCUCAGUCACCCUUUGACACAACCGUUGGAAAUGAGAUUGUAACUCCGGAAAAUACGAUCACUGGUACGGAAACAACGGUUCUUUUCAGUAGCGUAUCAUCUAGCAGUCCGACAACGACCGAUGUAUUAUCUAAUCAAGAAACGACUUCAGCAGGGCAACAAUCCACGUUGAUGGAAAAUCUGUCCAGCGUUGUUACUCAAGAUGUGGCGACUGAAAGUACUACUGUACAAUCAGCGAUGACAACAAGUUUAGAAAACGGAUCUACAUCAUUUGAGCAGACGGAAGUACCAACAUUCGGAAUAACAACUGAAAAUGUAAACACACCAACGGCUCAAGAAAUAACAUCUUUUACACCAACAACAAACGAUGAUGCAACGGUCACUCAAGGAAGUGCUACAGGUGAACAAGAUCCACUUUCGACGAUUGAGUCGUUGACAACUACUUCAUUUGAGAUAACGAAUCCGCCAAAGGAAAAACCUUCAACUGAUCCUCAGGAUUCCGUUAAUACCAUCAGUACAUCACAAGCUACGGAAGGCUCCGUUACAGUUCAGUCAACCGUUAGUGAUGCAAUUACUAUCGAGGACUUCACUAUGGUGUCAACGACUAUGGAACUGAGCCUCGUAACAGAUUUGGAACAGUCGGGUGAAACAACUACUCAUUCUUCUGCGCCAAUCACGGAGGAUGGCCACAGUUCAGGACAGACGGGAGUGACUGAUCAAAGUGAAACCACUCUAUCAAGCAUUUUGUCGUCGGUUCAGAGCACGUUGUUCUCUACCACUGAUUCUACAUCGUCAACAGACGACCAGACGACCGAAAUCGUAUUAACGAGCACCGAGUCGUUGACGACUACUUCACCUGAGAUUACGAAUCCGCCAAAGGAAACACCUUCAACUGAGCCUCAGGAUUCUGUUAACACCAUAAGUACACCACAAACUACGGAAGGCUCCAUUACAAAUAGCCCAACCGUUAGUGAUGCAAUUACUACCGAGGACUUCACUGUGAUGUCAACGACUAUGAAACCGAGCGUCGUAACAGAUUUGGAACAGUCGGAUAUAACAACUACUGAUUCUUCCGCGCCAGUCACGGAGGAUGGCCACAGUUCAGGACAGACUGGAGUGACUGAUCAAAGUGAAACCACUCUAUCAAGCAUUUUGUCGUCGAUUCAGAGCACGUUGUUCUCUACCACUGGGCCAACAUCCUCAGCAAACGACCAGGCGACCGAAAUCGUAUUGACCAGCACCGAGUCGUUGACGACUACUUCACCUGAGAUUACGAAUCCGCCAAACGAAACCCCGUCAGCUGAUCCUCAGGAUUCUGUUAAUACCAUCAGUACACCACAAGUUACGGAAGGCUCCGUUACAGUUAGCUCAACCGUUAGUGAUGCAAUUACUACUGCGGACUUCACCACGGUGACAACGACUAUGGAACCGAGUCCCGUAACAAAUUUGGAACAGUCGGAUGUAACAACUACUGAUUCUUCCGCGCCAAUCACGGAGAAUGAUCACAGCUCAGGACAGACCGGAGUGACUGAUCAAAGUGAAACCACUCUAUCAAGCAUUUUGUCAUCGAUUCAGAGCACGUUGUUCUCUACCUCUGGUCCGACAACGUCAGCAAACGACCAUACGACUGAAAUCGUGCAGACUAGCACCGACAAGGUUCCAACCACUGUUGAACCCCAAACGGAAGAGCUUCAAGUCACAACAACGAGUGGAACUGUUACAAGCGUUGCAGAACUGGACUUUUCCACAACUAAUGCAGAAGUUGGAACAACGACUGAAAAUGCUGCUACAGCACCAACUAUACCAUCAACAACUGCUGAUUCUGUUAACAUUACAACUACCCAAGACACAACUAGUACUGUUGAGCAAGAAUUGGAUCUUGCGACAACAUCUCAUUCUACCAGUCACCCAACGACCGCUGGUGAAUACCUAACGUCAGACAGCACCAACAUUGACAGCGAGUCGACCAGUUUUAUUAGCUCCACUGAAGCCAGUAGUCCGCCAACAACAGAGCGGCCAUCUAGUCAGGAAGCAACUCAAGAUGUCACGACCAUGUCAACUGAGCAGAAACCUUCAACGACAGACAGCCAGUCUAGUGGGGAUGUAGAAGAGAUGACGACUGUUUUAUUUGCUACGACCUCAGCGAUAGCGCAAGACAGUACACAGCUAGAGCAAGAACAAUUUCAAACUGAAGUACCAGUACUAGAAACAACAACAGAGACAAUCAAAGAUCAAACAGAAUCACUUGUAACAGAUCCAAUCACAACAGAUAGUGACGUCGUCAGUCAAAGCGUCAUUACUACCGAACAUGACACAAUGUCAACAACGAUUCUUCCGAUAGGUCCGUUUUCGACCACUCUUUCGCCGGUAACGAGCGCACAUCAGGAAAAUGUAACAAAUGACAUCUUAGUUUCGGAAACGACAAUGGACAUUCAACACGUUACUGAUGGUACUGUAACAAGUAAACCAACUAGUGGAGACAUGGUUAGUGAAAGCUCCGAUGUUCCUACAGCGACAACUGAAUCACAACUGACUGAAUUUGUCACACAUUCGGAAGUUACAACUACUGAAGCUUCUUCGAUCGGCGAACAACAAACUUCGACUCAAUCCCAAUCGUCGGAUCAAAGUGAAGAAACGACAUUGUCUAGCAUUUUCUCGUCGAUUCAAAGCACAUUGUCUUUCACCACCGGUUGGACAACACCAGCAAGUGAGUCUUCAACCGAAACGACUGACAUUGUAACUCAAGAACCACACCAAACAACACUGGCCAGUGCCACUUCGAGUGAUGUGGAGCAAGAUUCUACUUCAACUCCUAAUGAAUCGAUUUCUGAAACAAGUUCUGAUAUUGGCACGACAGCUUCUAGCCUAUUUACUCCAACAACGCCAGUAGGUACUACUGAUUCCCUUAGUACUACAGCUGGUCAAGAAACAUCUUCGUCAUUUCCGGAAGAUACGAGCCCUGGAACAGAACAGCAGUCCUCAAUUGGCACCACGUUUUCCAGUGAGUCUGUCAGUUCAGAAGGCACUACCAUUGAGAGUGAGGCGACUACGUUAUUCAGUUCUACAUCACCUACUGUUCCAACAACUAGUGGAUCAUCAAUCCAAGAAACAACUUUUGAUGGUGUGACGCACAUGUCGAGUGUUAUUCCUGAGGAAACGACAAACGGAGGGGACACUACUACUGCUUCGUCGGGAGGGAUCUCUACAGUAGGACAAGAUACCACACAAUUUGAACAGAAGCCUAUGCAGACGGAAACACCAUCAGUAGAAGGAUCAACUGAAAAGCCCACCAAUCCCACAGAAUUGGUGGACACAGCAUUCACUACAACGGUUGAUAGCAAUGUCCCAGCCACUCAAGAGAGUUUUACUUCUGAUUCAAGUACACCUUUGUCAUUGGAGCCCUCGACAAAACCGGUGGCAACAACAUCUUUGCCUGAUGUUACCAGCACAUUAAAUGGCAACGAGAUUACUUCUCUUGCUACGGAAAGUACGAUCAGUACAUUACAGGCCACCAAUGGCUUGGAUACAGCUACGCCUACCUUUGGUGAAGAAACUACUUCCCAGAGUUCCACUGCUGCUCCAACGACAACUGAAAAACAGACGACCGUUACAGAAGUAUUCACAGAGUCCGAAGUCGUGAGUACUAGUGCUUCUACGUCAGUGACAGAGAGUGGUCAAAACUCAGGAUCCGAACUGUCUGAUCAAAGCGAAACGACCACCUUGUCAAGCGUGUUAUCGUUGAUACAGAGCACUUUGUUUAGCACUGAAUUGCCGUCGCCAACAGAGGAACAGCCUAGCGAAAGUACAACGAUCAAUGCUGAUCAGACUUCAUCUACUGCUCACGCAGAAGAAUCUCAGACUGUAACAUCGAGCAUUGCUCCUAUGAAUGUCACAGACGCAGAGGAUUUAGCAACCACUGAAGCAAGUACUGACAUUGGUAACACGGUUUCCACUGUAUUUGCCGCCUCUACUACUCCAACGGCAGCUUCUAGUCCGCCCAGUGCCACAGAUGGGCAGGAAACAACUACUGCUACACAGGAAGACGUGAAUGUUGUGACGGAAACUCAGUCUCCUUCUGCUACUAUGACCCCCAGCGAAACUUCUACUACUGUAAGCACGAACGUUGAAACAGAUUCGACAAUUUCUUUCAGUUCCACGCAAUUUUCUAACCCGACAACGACUGAUGGAUCACCGAAUCAAGAAACUACCUUGAUAGAUGUAACGACACUGUCGAGUGAGCAAGAAUUUACACCAACCGAAAGUCACUUCAGCGCUGCCACCGAAGAUGGGAGCGGUACCACCACAUCGACUUCUACAUCAACAUUCGAUGUGAUAACCGAAAUACCCACAGUAACCACAGAACUGGUGGAGACAUCGGGUACAACGAUGGUAGAUAACAAUGUUUCAACUACUCACGGAAGCUUCACAACUGAAGUAAAUACACCGUCAUCAUCCGAACCGUUGACAGACUCGCAAGUAACAACGUCCGUGCCUGAGGCAACAUUUAUUCCAGAGGAAGUUGGAACAACUGGUUUUUCAGAUUCGGAAAGCACGAUCAGUACGUUGCAGACUACUAGUAGUUCGGUAACAAGUAGACCGACUAUUACUGAAACAACAGUUUCCGACAGUCCUACGAUUGCGCCAAUAACAACUGAAGAACAUUUAUCAGUCACAGAAGCAACCACUCAAUCAGUUGGGAUAACUACUGGUACGUCUACAUCAAAGCCAGGAGAUGGUCAAACCACAGUUCCCACAGAAUUGGUGGAGACAUCGGGUACAACAAUGUUAGAUAACAAUGUUUCAACUACUCAAGAAAGCUUCACAUCUGACGUAAAUGCACCGUCAUCAUCCGAGUCGUUGGCAGGCUCUCAAGUAACAACGUCCGUGCCUGAGACCACAUUUAUUCCAGAGGAACAUGGAACAACUGGUUCUUCAGAUUCGGAAAGCACGAUCAGUACGUUGCAGACUACUAGUAGUUCGGCAAGACCAACCAUUGCUGAAACAACAGUUUCCGACAGUCCCACGACUGCGCAAACAACAACUGAGGACCAGUUAUCAGUCACAGAAGCAACCACUCAGUCCGAUGGAAUAAGUACCGGUACGUCUACAUCAGUGCCAGGAGAUGGUCAAACCACAGUUCCCCCAGAAUUGGUGGAGACAUCGGGUACAACGAUGUUAGAUAACAAUGUUUCAACUACUCAAGAAACUUUCACAUCUGACGUAAAUACACCGUCAUCAUCCGAGCCGUUGACAGACUCGCCAGUAACAACUUUCGUACCUGAAACCACAUUUAUUCCCGAGGAACAUGGAACAACUGGUUCUUCAGAUUCGGAAAGCACGAUCAGUACGUUGCAGACUACUAGUAGUUCGGCAACAAGUAGACCGACCAUUACUGAAACAACAGUUUCUGACAGUCCUAUGACAUUGCCAACAACAACUGAGGAACAGUUAUCAGUCACAGAAGCAACCACUGAAUCAGAUGGAAUAAGUACGAGUACGUCUACAUCAGUGCCAGGAGAUGGUCAAACCACAGUUCCCCCAGAAUUGGUGGAGACAUCGGGUACAACGAUGUUAGAUAACAAUGUUUCAACUACUCACGGAAGCUUCACAACUGAAGUAAAUACACCGUCAUCAUCCGAACCGUUGACAGACUCGCAAGUAACAUCGUCCGUGCCUGAGGCAACAUUUAUUCCAGAGGAAGUUGGAACAACUGGUUUUUCAGAUUCGGAAAGCACGCUCAGUACGUUGCAGACUACUAGUAGUUUGGUAACAAGUAGACCGACUAUUACUGAAACAACAGUUUCCGACGGUCCUACGAUUGCGCCAACAACAACUGAGGAACAGUUAUCAGUCACAGAAGCAACCACUGAAUCAGAUGGAAUAAGUACGAGUACGUCUACAUCAGUGCCAGGAGAUGGUCAAACCACAGUUCCCCCAGAAUUGGUGGAGACAUCGGGUACAACGAUGGUAGAUAACAAUGUUUCAACUACUCACGAAAGCUUCACAACUGAAGUAAAUACACCGUCAUCACCCGAACCGUUGACAAACUCGCAAGUAACAACGUCCGUGCCUGAGACUACAUUUAUUCCAGAGGAAGUUGGAACAACUGGUUUUUCAGAUUCGGAAAGCACGAUCAGUACGUUGCAUACUACUAGUAGUCCGGCAACAAGUAGACCGACCAUUACUGAAACAACAGUUUCUGACAGUCCUACGACAUUGCCAACAACAACUGAGGAACAGUUAUCAGUCACAGAAGCCACCAGUCAAUCAGAUGGAAUAAUUUCUACGUCAGUGCCAGGAGAUGAUCAAACCACAGUUCCCACAGAAUUGGUGGAGACAUCGGGUACAACGAUGAUAGAUAACAAUGUUUCAACUACUCAAGAAAGCUUCACAUCUGACGUAUAUACACCGUCAUCAUCCGAGCCGUUGACAGAUUCGCAAGUAACAACGUCGUUGCCUGAGACAACAUUUGUUCCAGAGGAAGUUGGAACAACUGGUUCUUCAGAUUCGGAAAGCACGAUCAGUACGUUGCAGACUACUAGUAGUUCGGCAAGACCGACCAUUACUGAAACAACAGUUUCCGACAGUCCUACGACUGCGCCAUCAACAGCUGAAGAACAGUUAUCAGUCACAGAAGCAACCACUCAAUCAGUUGGAAUAACUACUGGUACGUCUACAUCAGUGCCAGGAGAUGGUCAAACUACAGGACCACUUGAAGUGUCUGAUCAAAGUGAAACGACUACCUUGUCAAGUAUUUUUUCAGCAAUUCAAAGCACGUUAUCGUUCACUACUGCUUGGACGUCGUCAACAACAGAACAGACUACUGGUACCGUGCCGGAUAACGCCAAUGAUGUUUCGACUACGAUUUCUGCCCAAACAGAAGAAUCUCAGAUCACGACACUAAGUGGUACGACCGAAAGUGUUACGGAGCCGCAUUUUCCAACUACUAUUGAGCCAAUUUCCGAAACAACCUCUGAUAGUGGAACAACAGCGUCUGAUAUCUUUACUGCGCAAACAACUCGAGCAACCACUACUGGAGGUCAAGAAACAACUACUUCUGCUCACGAAGAUGUAACACAACCUCAGUCAUCUACUGACACAGUAACUUCUAGUGAAACUACAACAGACGUCAGCGUUGGCAGCGACACGACGACAUCUUUCAGUCCCACAUCUUUCGCUAGUCCGUCGACUGAUAUACCACCAAGCCAAGAAACAACUUUAGGUGGUUUGAGUACCAUGUUGAGCGAGGUUACAUCGACAGAAAAUCAAUUUAGCACCAUUGGAUUUGAGACAACAAAUGAAAACGUAGAGUCCACCGUUUCCACUGGCUCCGCUUCUUCCUUACCGGCAUUCGAAGUAACAACCGAACAGCCCACAAGUUUUACCGAAUCAGUGGAAACCACAGUUGGAAACGACGGAGUUUCCACUAGUCAAGACAGUUCUACCAUUCAUGAAGAUACGUCAUCAACAUCCAAGCCGUCUAUGACCUCGACAGGGACAACACUGUUUCCUGAGACGACGGCUGUUGAACAGGAAAACACUGAAUCUGUAAAUCUGGAGAGCACGGACAGUACUUUGCUGGUUACUGAUACCUCUACGACGAGCAGACCAACUACUGUUAGUGAUGUAACAACGUUAGCAAGUACCGAAGCAACAACUGAAAAUCAAGAUGCCGUCACAGGGCAAACAACAGAGUCUGAAACUUUCACUGCUGGAACCCCUACCACAGUAGUAGAAGAUGGCCAAACUUCCACGCAAUCUGGAAUGUCUAACCAAAGUGACAUGACUACUUUAUCAUCAAUUCAGGACACGUCUUUCACUACUGCUUCGUUGUCAUCAACAAGUGAACAGGUUAGCGAAAGUACAACGACCAGCGUUAACGAGAUAACUUCUACUACUGAAGCACAGACUGAAGCAUCUUCUACUUCAAGUGUAGUGGACCUCGAUAAUUUAACAACCAUUGAACCAUUAUCUGAGACAACUACCGAUGCUAUCCCUUCCACUGUUGUUACCGCAUCUGGAACACUAUUAACAACCAGCGCUGGAGACGUUCAGGAAACAACCACUUCAGCCAACGAAGAUGUAACUCUUUCGACAGCAUCUCAAUCCUCGCCUGGCACAACAUCUGUCAGCGAAUCAGUCACUGUUGGAAGCACGAAUCUGGAGAAUGAAUCAACGACUUCUUUCACUUCCUUGCCAACCACUGCUCCGACAAGUCAAGUAACAACCUUAGGCGGUGUUACGCAAAUGCCGACUGAGCCGGAAUCCACUUCGACGGAAAGCCAGUCGACCGUUGUGACUGAAGAAGUGGCCACUGUAAGCGAGAGUACGACCCCUCCGGUCUUUACCACCACGGUAGAAUCCGUUACAACACAGCAAGAAAGUCAGUCUCAAACAGAAACAGUUGAACUCCAAACGACCACUGAGAAAUUCACAAGCCCAACUGAACUUCCUCAAACGGACUUCCCUACUACUGUAGAUCACACCGUGCCGGUCAGUGAAGAGACAUCGACGCCCGAAUCCUUAACAAACGCACCGACAACGUCCUUGCCUGAAGUAACGAACACACCACAGGAUAACGUAGCAACUGGUUCUCUAUCUUCGGAGAGCACAAUCAAUACUGAUGCCUCUGUAACAAGCAGACCAACUGCCGAAGGCGAAACUCUCACGGAGAGCUCUGUCAUAACGACGACAACUGAGAAACAGUUGACUGUCACGGAUUCACAGUUGGAAGUUGAGACUACCUCAGUAACGGACGGUGCUCAGAGCACGCAACACACCGAAGUAUCCGAGGAAACUGAAGCCACUACGUUAUCUUCAAUUUUUUCGUCAAUUCAGAGCACAUUGUCUUUAACAACUGGCUGGCCUUCAUCAACGAGUGAGCAGGUUACUGAAACCACGCUUACCAACAUUGAUGAGGCGACAGAAUCACCUUCGUCUACUGGCACAUCGAUUACCAGUGAAGCUUCUACAGUUACCACGCUCAUCAUCAUUGAUGAGGUAACAGAAUCACCUUCGUCUACUGGCACAUCGAUUACCAGCGAAGCUUCUACAGACACCACACUCGAUGGACACCAAUCGACCUUUUCUUUCACAACCGUUCCUGAAACAAGUAGUCCUAUCACGGCUGAUACAGUAACAAGCCAGUUACCAAGCGAUCAAGUAACAACUGAGAAAGAAGCUAACGUUGAAACAACUACUGCAACAAACACUGAUGGAGAUUUAACGACCUUCAGUGAAAUGGGUAUGAUCAGCACGACGCCUGGCUCACUAGAAACACAUCCACCGUCGACAACAACUGAAAAAAUAUCAACAUCCACCACAAUGAGCGAGAUGGAGCAAUUCUCUUCAACAUCAGCCACUCAAAGUGUGCCCGCUGAAAAUGUACCUAGCACCACAGAGGCCCAAUCUCAACAAACAGAUGGUUUUAGUACUGAAAACCUUUUCAGCAGUGAAACCUCUUCACUUGCUACUGCCAUACCCGAAGUUAUCGCCUCGACAACUGAUUCAGAAAGCAUUGUAGCUACUCUGACUUCGGACAUCUCAACAGAUUUCCCCGAUUCAGACUCGCACAUUUCCAACUUUCCGGUUUCCCAAUCUACAACCGAAUCACCAACCAGUACAACACUUCCCAUUUCGAGUGAUUCUUCCAGUGUUGAUAACCUUGACGUAUCGACACAAUCUGGUACGACAUCUGUCGAAGAUCAAUCAACGACUAUCACAUUGAACACGCCAACAGUGACACCUCCGGUGCAAACCACACUGGAGCCUACUGGCUCAACAACGAUUCCAUUUGAAUCCUCAACGCUGUUUUCUCAAUUUGAAACUGACGAAAGUACUCCAGCUGAAACAAUUGCCAUAAUCACUUCCACAACGGACAUAUCGGCACCGACUGAACAAUCGGCAACGACAGUUAAAAUCCCGUCUGACGGUACAACUGCCGAUUUAGUGAAUAGCGAAACAACUGGUGAGCAUGGGGGAACUACGAUAACUGACAGUUCUGUUCUAACAAGCCAGACCACAGACGGUUUUUCCACUUCCGUAUCCUUUACUGAACAAACACUAUCUUCCACAACUUUUGCACCGGUUUCACAGGAAAAUGUUGUGACGACACCUACGGCCAUGCAAUCUUUUUCCUCGACAAUGAAAGAAGAAAUGGAAACGACUCUUCCCACUCUGUCAACACUCUUUCCUCAUCACACUACUUCUGACCUGUCGUCCACUUUGUUUGUUCAAUCAACUACUGUUAUCUCCUCAACAGGUUCGACUUCGGAUGAAGUGGAAAGUACCUUCACUUCCACUGAAUCUCCUGACACGACACCUUCCGUUACUUUCCCACAAACGAAUAACGAAGAAUUGGCUUCUUCCACUUUCAUACCCGAUGUGCCUUCAACACUUGAGUUUGAUACGGAAUCGACUUCUUCAAAACCUACAACAGAGUCUUUUUCUUUUAUCACCACUUUGGCAUCCGUUGAUACUACUCCAGUAAGUAUUGAAUCUUCCACGCCAGCAGCCACCAUGGUUAGCCCGGUUGAAGAGGCUUCCACCGAGGCUUCCACCGAGGCUUCCACCGAGGCUUCCACCGUGUCCCCGACGCAGUUGGUAGCAGAGCAAACGUCACCAACAACUGCGUCAGUUACGGCGACAACCAACGUUGCUACAACCGCAUUACAGACGGAGGACAGUAGCGAAGCUACGUCGACUACCUUCUCUCAGGUUUCGACUACAGACAUUCCACUUACGGAAGAUGCUGUUGGAAUAACAACGAUAUUACCUAGUACCGGGCCGGCGACAGACGAUACGAGUGAAACAAAUACGGUUAUCACAACCAUAGUCGAGGACACGUUAGCAAGCGAAAGUUCGACUCUGGCCAGCCAAACCACAAACGGUCCAACUUUGGAUGAAGUGACGAGCACUUCUUUCUUCACAACCACUAGUUCUUCUGAGUCUACGUCUUCUAUUCCUUUUUCUGAAACGACCAACGAAGAAAUUGCUUCUUCCACUAUCUCCGAUUUUUCUUCUGCGACAGAACUGGAUACACAAUCGACUCCUUCCAGUACAGUAACUACGCUGUUUGAAACCGUACCUUGUUCAGAAACGUUGCUUCCCGUUACGACGGAACCUGGUACCACUGACGUAGAAACAACAUCUUCCGUAUCUUUAGUUGAGCAACUUUCAACGCUCAAUCCUUCAGAAUUUUCAACUCAGCCAUUUGACGCACAAACUUUACAAACGACAGUUAUUCCGACGAAUGCCGUAUCAACGAUGACUGAGAUCAGUAUUGAAUCUACUGAUCAAGUGUCUACGCUACCUUCAAUCAACUCUUCGCCUGAAGCAACAACAAAGGAUCCGAAUAGUACACCGGGCCCUGUAAGUCCUGAAACAUCAACACAAGAACCUAGUACCAUCACAACUGUCGAAGAAUUGCCAGUUGCAACAACUUUGGGGGUUACUACUGACACACCCGUUCCAGACGUGACAAAUCCAACUACGACUUCGGCUUUCUUUUCGACGGUAGUUACAGACGCAACUGAAGCUUCUUCUCCAACUACAGCGGAAGAAACCAUAAUACACAUUCCAUCCAGCAAUCCUCCUGAUCCGUUGGACUCAGACUCGCACGUUUCAGGUUCACCUGCUCCUCAACCUACAACGUUGUCACCUUCCGAAAUCACAACCACUUCGCAAGCCACUAGCACCACUGUGCUUAUUGAAGAAGACUCUUCAACCACAACAACAGUGCCGGAAGCUGAAAGUACGAAUGACUUUACUACAAGGCCAACAGACGCCACAACGCCCGACGUACAAACUACCGAAGUUAGCGACAGCACGUCCGCUGAUGAACUUCAGGUGUCAACUGACGCGUUUGCAACAGAAAUUGGAUCGACCACAGAUGCAGGACUACCUGGAACAUCCACUUCGCCAGGUGAAUUAGUAACUGUACCAGUUACGACCAUGACCCCUGGAGUCGAGUCAACGAUGAGUCAAACAGAAACGGUGGCAUCAGAUGAACCAACGACGGACAGCAUUUUCAGUAGUGAAACAACUGGUGAGACUGCAAGUACUUCUGGUGAAUGGUUAACAACAUUGAGCUCAUUUUUUUCGAGCCAGACGACCACCGAACCUUCCACCACUUUAUCUUUUGCUGAACAAGCAUCAUCUUCCACAACCUUUGUCCCUGUUACCCCGGAGAAUACUGAAGCUGCGUCACUUUCGACGCUCGAAAAUCUCCCGACAACAAUCGCAGAACAGACGGAAACAACUCUUCCCUCUCUGUCAACCUUUAUUCCUCUCCAGUCCUCUGUUUCCACAUUGGCAGAGGACGUAACAACCACUACUUCCUUCCCUAUAAGUAACCCAACUCCUGUUUCGACGACGGAUAACGAGGAAUCAGUUACUCACCAAACUACCAUUUCCGAUUUUACUGUCGAGGAUUCGGUAACUGUGUCGACUUUUUCCCCUGUGCUAACAUCGGAAUCUUUCCAACUGUCUACUGAAGUGACUGAUGAAAUUGAAUCAACUUCUUUCACUUCUGAUGUAAAUCAAUUCGAAACAACUUCGCAGCCAUCUCAUUUAACUACUGAUGGUCUGUUAUCUUCUACCUCAUUUCCUUCCACCUCUGAACAGAUGUUCGAAACCGGUGUACCUAGCCAGUCCGUUACUUCACAAACUGAUUUAGGUUCUACGUCAGGAUUCGAUAACCUAGAAACUGAAAGUACUGGUUUACCCACGUCCAGCGAAGCUAUCAUUGAAACAACGGUUUCAGGUACAGAACCAACUUUCAGUACCGAAAAUGAAUUCUCAGCUUCUCAAAUCUCAACCAGCAGUAAUGUAGUAACGAGUGAAUCAACAUCGUUUUCAACUGUAUCUUUUGAACCAACUACAACAUUGCCAGAAGAGUUAGGGACCAUCACUGAAAGUUCGUUUUCGACAGAACAAACAACCGUCGUGCCUACCGUAUUGACUUCUACGUUUAGUGAUUUAGACACUCCCACAUCGAUCACACAUGAACAAACAUCUGAUGCGACAUCUACCACCGAAUCCCAAACGUUUCCUUCUGUUACCCUCCCACCAGGAACCGAAGAGCCCGUAGAAACGAGUGUCGCUACCAUGCAAAGUAGUGAUCAAACUAGUGAUGUAACAACGAGCGAAAUUACAAGUACUUCGCAAUCUGAAUUAUCUCAGACAACAAUUUCCCAAUCGACCAGCGCUUCAGAGUUGACGGAAUCUACCACUACCUUGCUGCCAAUCAGCACUACAGAGGAGCCAGCUCCGACAACAGAAUCUGCUACGAACGAGGCUGUGACAUCCACAGUUCCAUCAUCUGAUCCCACAAACCAAGAAACUGAAUCGCUUUUUUUCACAACGGCCACAACGUUCCAAGAGACGACUGAAACGAUGGACUCCACAUCACCAAAUAGUGAGACGACUAUUUCUUCGACCGAAACUCCAGAUUUGACGAUAACCAGUACUUCACAGGAAUUGCAAACUGUGACGGCGGAAACAAAUCCGACUAGCCAAUUAUUUGGUUCUACUACAAGUGGCAUUUUUCCAACAACUUCGGAACCAUUUUCAGAGGCUGUAACGUUUUCUGGAUCAUCGACUUCCCAAACGGAAAUUCCCUCCACCUUUACGACCCAAGAUUUCACCGAUCUCUCAACUGAAGGGAUUUCGACAGUUACAGAGGAAGAAAUUUCAGAAACAACCGUUGCAUCAUCUGAUCCGAUUGCCCAAAUGACUGACUCGCUUUUCACAACAGAGGUGUCCCAGAUGAUCAGUUCUUUGCCACCAAGUAGUGAGACCAUGUUAACUUCUACGUUCUCUCCUGAUUUGCCAACAGCUAGUACUUCACAUGAAUUCACGCCAGAAUCGCCAACUAUGACAACUGAGACUGAUCAGACAAUUGUUACAGAAUCGUCCCAUUCAAUUAGCCAAACAGCUGACUCCCUUACUACUCUCACAGAGACUUCUGAGACGAUCAGCUUGACGCCAAUUAUUGUUACUUCCACGUUCUCUCCUGACGUUUCGACUAGUAGUUCACAGGAACUCACAUCAGGAUCGCCAGCAACACCGGAGGCAGAACAAACUAGCCAGUUUAGUGAGUCUUCUACGAGCAGUGCCUUUUCAACAACUUUGGAACCAUUUUCAGAGACCGAAGAGUUAACUGUGUCAUCUACUUCCCAAACGGAAAAUCCAUCUACCUUGACGGACGAAGAUUCAACUGAUCCCACAACUGAAGGGUUUUCCACGACUACUCUGGAAGAUUCAGAAAUAAUCGUUACGGAAUCAUCUGAUUCCAUUAGCCAAACAACUGAUUCUCUUAUUACAAUGACAGAGACUUCAAGCAGUGAAGCAACGGUUAUUUCGACUGUGUCUCCGGAUUUGCCGAUAUCUAGUACUUCCCAAGAACCUACGUCGGACUUACCAGUGACAACGGAGGUUGAAUCGACUAGCCAAUCUACUGGGCCCUCUACCAGUGAAGCUUUUUCAACCACCUCAGAACCAAUUUCAGAUGCCGUAACGUUCACUGAGUCGUCUUUGUCCGAAACGGACGAACCCACUACUCCACCAACUGACGAGAUGUUUACGGACACGUCGGCAGACAUUACAGAGACGAUCGUUACGGAAUCGUUCACCAGUGAAACGAUGGCUUCUUCCACUAUACCGCCAAAUGUGCCAACCACAGAAAUCUUAGAUAUUACGGAAGCACCAUCAACAACUAUUUCACACUUGACAAGUGAUCCUACUGCCACUGUUGCACCCACAACGGAUUCUUUUUUAUCAGAAGAGUUCUCAACGACUUUUUCUUCCGUUUCAGAUGGCUCAUCUACUAUCGAAACUUCAACGGUACAAGUCCUAACGACGGACCAUACAACUCUUUCUUCUCAAUCUUUCUCCGAAACGACCACUGAAUUCGUCCCAAGUAGCACGUCUCCAACUGAAAUUGAUCAGACAACUACGGAAUCAUUUCUGUUUCCUACCGACACAUCCAUGCCAACAGAAGAGACCAGUUUAAUACCGGAUUUUACAACGGAUUCUUCUUUAGUAUCUUUCUCGACAUCUCCAACAGUCGGAAGCACGACAAUCUCGGAAGGCAGCACGGAUGCCAUGUCAAUGAGUGAAGUUACCGAGGCAGACAUUUCAACGGAAGGCACAACGCCUUCGUCUACAACCGAUAUUUCAACUAACGUGCCUUCCACUUUUUCGACGCCACCAACUCAACAAUCUUCAGAGGCUGAUCUAGUUUCGGAAAAUGAAGGUUCCACGGUUGAUUUUACAAGUGAAUCCACUUUUGUGCCAACGACUGUUAGCCAUUCUGAUGAGCAUACAGUUACAACUUCUUUCACUACCGAAUCGGCCCAUUCAAGUCCUCUGACUGACGAAACUACCAGUGAUUCAACUACUGACUUCCCGUCAACCACGAUGAGUCAGAGUUCCGAAACUCCGUUUUCAACAACUUUGGAACCUAUUGCAUCAACGACAUUCGAAAUGGAAGCACAAACAAGCCAUACUACUGAUUCGUCAACGUUUUUUACCACGGAAUUUUCAAGUAGUCCAACUUCGGAAAUCACAACGACGACCAGUCUGCAAUUUUCUACCGAAAGUUUACCAGAAACUGUCAGUACAGAUUCCGAAUUCACGACUACGUCAGAAAAUCCUGACAAUUUCGGUCCAUCUGAUGCAACUACAGUUUUUGAAAGUGAAACCGAAACAUCUUUGCCCACUACUACCUUUUUCAGCACGACCGCUUCAACAGAAACAACAGAAACUGAUGCAACAACAACAUCCUCAUUUGUGACCACGGAGAUGACGACCACAGAUCCAACUACUGGAAUUGCAUCAGAGUCUCUUUCAACUGUAAUUUUUGAAACGUCUUCAACGAUUGAUUCAGUGACGUCUACUACUACUGUACAGGAGACUUCUACCACUGAUCAAACCACCGCAUCCCCUUUUGCGUCGACUGGCAUGUCAAUUGAUAUUGAAACGUUAGAUAACGAAACGACGGACGAUUACAUUUCUUCCACUGCUGUAACAACAGAGUCAUCAGAUCCUUUAAUUACUUCUUUCUCACUUCCCCCAUCUACUGCAUUCACGAUUACCGAUUCGCCAUCUACUAUUGACUCAUCUGUAACAACGGCGGGUUUUACUUCUUCUAGUGAUCUGGUACCACUAUCAACUGAUGAUACAAUCGAACCUGUGACGACAGAAUCUAGUGUAUUUACAAGUAGUGCAACGUUAACCGACUCCGUUGAUCCUCUUGCCUCCACUGAUACGACGAUGACCUUAGAGUUGACGUCGACACUUGAUCCUUCCCCCUCCCCAUCCAUGCCAACCCCAGACGUGAGUGUUAGCACCAUCGACAUGCUCACUGAACCGUCCACUACACCUUCGUCUUCAUCAGCAGAUACUCUGUCGACUGAACCUUACACGGUUACCAACUAUCACGAACUGCCUUCUGAGUCUAGUGGGUCAUCUGAUUUAACUACAACUGAAGAUCCCGGUGAGGUGACAUCUACCACAUUCAUGUUCACUGACGUUACCAUAACGCCUUCACAAACCACUGUUGCUGAUACUACGGUUACAGAUCACUUGAUCUCGGACGCCACGAGUGAUGGCAUUUCGUUUAGCACGGUUAUACCAGAAACUACUACUGAGUUCGUUUCGCUUGUCACGAACAUAGUUACGGAUCACACGACAGAAACCGUAACAACGCAACUCGAUUCAGAAACGACGUUUAGCACUCUUCCUUCUACUGUGUUUCCUACAACAUUCCAGAGUUCAACAUCGGCUGUAACCAGCGAUCCUGUAGAUCUAAGUGUAGCCACAACAGAGGUUACCACAGCAGUUCCUUGUGAUAUCACUGACUCAGCGAUAACUGAAGAAACCACCCCCUUUGAUUGCGAUUCGACUACAACUCAAGAAACCCCUACCACGGUUUUGGGUAGCUCAACUGAAACACCCAUCGUACCAACCGAACAAACAAUUACAACUACCGCGUUAGCCGAUACGACAGUAUCUGAUUCUGUAACAACAACUACCCAAUCGUUCGAGGGCACAACAGACGAUAGCACAACUGCUGAAACUGUGGUUAUUGAAACAGAUGCUGGCAUAACAGAGUUUAGCACGGAUGAGCCAAUAACCUCUGAUUGCGAUGAUGAAGACCUCGACAUGACUACCACUGAAAUGCCAACGGAAUCGACCAGUCAGAUUCCUAUUGAAGUUAUGCUAACGGCAUCAACAGCCGUAGAUUCAACGACCACUGAAUUCACUACCUCCGCAAUGGCAUUUGAAGUUACCACGACUGCACCGGAAGGUGAUGUUUCCUCAACAUCCUCCGAGUUGUCUGUUACUGUUGAAACAGACGUUACGACCGAAGCAUCGGUAGCAAGCACAACAGUACUAACCGAAGGUCCUACUACUGACGUACCAACCGAUGCCACAACAGCAGUGACCGAAAUAACCACUGAGGUAGUUGAUGUACUGCCUACCGAGGAGCCAACUGAACUGCCGACUGACGAACCCACGGAGGAGCCUACAACGGAAGUCAGUAUGACCACCGAUUUAACUACUGGAGAAACCACGUUGUUGUCUACAGAGCAACCGACUGACUUGCCUACCACGGAAUUGCUUACAGAGACACCAGUCGAAGUUACUUCUGAAUUAUCAACCGAGACUCCUACUGAAGCUACGACCGAAGAAGCGACUGAGGCUUUUACUGAAGAACUGACUGUGGCUCCUACCGAGGAACCGACUGAAGUUCCUACUGAAGAACCGACAGAAGCUCCUACUGAAGAACCAACUGAGGCUCCCACCGAAGAACAGACUGAGGCUCCCACCGAAGAACAGACUGAGGCUUCCACCGAGGAACCGACUGAGCCUCCCACUGAAGAACCGACUGAGGCUCCCACCGAAGAACCGACUGAGGCUCCCACCGAAGAGCCGACUGAGGUUCCCACCGAAGAGCCGACUGAGGUUCCCACCGAAGAACCGACUGAGGUUCCCACCGAAGAGCCGACUGAGGUUCCCACCGAAGAACCGACUGAGGCUCCCACGGAAGAGCCAACGGAGCCUCCAACGGAAGAGCCAACGGAGCCUCCCACGGAAGAGCCAACGGAGACUCCAACUGAAGAACCAACGGAGCCUCCCACGGAAGAACCGACUGAGCCUCCAACUGAAGAACCAACGGAGCCUCCAACUGAAGAACCGACUGAGCCUCCAACUGAAGAGCCAACUGAGCCUGAAGAACCAACGGAGCCUCCAACUGAAGAACCGACUGAGCCUCCAACUGAAGAGCCAACUGAGCCUCCAACUGAAGAACCAACUGAGCUCCCCACUGAAGAGCCAACUGAGCCUCCCACCGAACAACCGACUGAGGCUGCUACGGAAGAGCCCACUGAGCUCCCUACCGAGGAACCGACUGAGACUCCCACCGAAGUUCCGACUGAGGCUGAAGCACUCACCGAGAUGCCUACCGAUGCACCCACUGAGGUUACAACGCAACCGCCAAGUGAUGUGUCAGCUGGAGUUACGGAAAUAAUGACGGAAACACCGACUGAAUUACCCACGACCAUUCAACCAACUGCGCCCCCAACUACGCAAGCAUUUUUUACUACUGAACACCAAGUCAGCGAUCCUACAACGUUGGUAAACGUGGACAAUCUUCAGCAAAACGACACUCAAUUCACUACAUUAAUCAUGGAAACCACAGCAGAGCCAGACCGCGUUGAAACAACAACGCAGAUAUUCACUCCUUCCACCGCUCCGCCUACAGUACAGGAAUCCACGAUUGUAACGGACAUGACAACUACGAUGUCGCCUUUUACUGAUCCCACACCUCCUUCGUUUAUUGCGGUUGUGCCUAAGCCGCCACCCCCGAGUUUCAUUUUCGUACCCUCAUCUUCUAGCUCUGGCUCGUCUUCAAGUUCAUCAAGUUCAUCAUCAAGCGACUCGUCAAUCAGUAGCGGACCGUCUUCACCGUGGGGGGCUUUGAUCCCAAUCUGGAACGCGUUUCCAGUGUUGGGUAUAGCCGCAUUCAUUAUAUCAGCACCGUUCCUUCUUCUGCUGACAGUUUUGUUUGUUGGAACACCAUUUGGAAGAUCUAUUGAUGGUGGAGGUGAUUUGCUACUGGGACUUUUCAAUGACCUAUACGAAGAUCGGACGCUUGACCAUCCUUGGUUAAUUGCCAAAAUUUUGUCGCAAAUGUUUCCCGAAGAGUAUAGCCCAUCUAGCAAAUCGGAAAGAAUGGUUCUCACCAGAUAUGUUGCUAAAAUGUUCCCGGAGCAACUUGAGAAUUUGCAAAACUGGGAAGAGUUAUCUAUACCAAGUGUUUUGAUUCAUUUGCUGCCGGAGAAAUUCGCUCAAGUGGAUUAUAAGCAUCUGGAUAAAUACCUCGCUGACGAUACCGUUAAUUACACUGAGACGGAGAACCUUAGACGGCUUAUGCUUCGCUUCCUGACUUCUGCGAAAGAACACGUCCCUGAAUUCGCCCAGAAAUACAUCACGCCAGAUGUUGAACAAAAGAUGAGAGAAAUUGUGAAAAAUUCUGCUUUGAUUACGCGAAUGAAGGACGCCAUACCCGACUCUAGCAAUUUGGACAACGAAUGGCUUUUUGACCGACUUAUGUUCAAGAUCAAGAAUUUUAAGAAGUCCGAUGAGGAAAUUGAAGCAUUAGUUUCCACGGAACCAACAACGCAAGGAACUACACAAACUUCGUCGCGUCCUACCACAACUUCUGUAUCACCACCGCCGAAGUGUCAAUGGGGUCCUAUUCUCUGUUCGAUAAAUCGGGUGUCAUUCCAACGCAAUGCAGAAAAGCGUAGUGAUACGGAUUCUGUGAACGUAAAAGAGAUUGUGCCCCGACAACCAAAACAAGUCCCGCAAUGGCUUCGUGCAACUAGGAAGAAGAAUCAAGCGGAAAAAGUUGUUCCCACCAAGACCCAACGACCAGUACCGAACGCACUGUUUCGUCGUUUCCUCUUCGAUCCUUUCCGUGCUUGAUAGCGACACUACAAUUCUAAUUGAAAAUCCCGCAUGCUGCACAUAAAGAUACUCGUUUAUCAUUGUUUAUUCAAGUAAUGUUUUCAAAUUUUAACAUUAUACGAUAGUUUUUCCCCACUUCGCACUUCUUUCGCCCGAACACGAGCUUGUUUCGCUUACCCAAUAUUCAGCAAUUUGAGUGCAGUUGAGUGGGAAGUGAUCUGGGAGAUUUGGAUGAAUAGUUUAUUUAAGUUAAAGAGCACUGAUUAUUUAAUUUUUUUUGUUUGACUUGUUUUAUUGUUGAGAUUCUAUUUAUUAGUUAUUUUGUUAUGUAUUCAUAUAUGAAAAUGGAGUGUUAUGUAACUUAUGUCCGGAAGUAACAAUACACUCUAAAAUUUCACAAA